ACAGCCUUCAGACUUGAUUAGCUUAUCGCGCUUUGAUCAAGGCCCUCGUGCAUUUUACAGCAUUCGUAGACUUUCGAAAUGUUGAGCUGGUUCAUUUUUUGCUUUCUAGCAGGCUUGCAAGCUUCUUUUGGGAACUAUGUUCCCAUUUGCCAGCAGGCAAGUGAACGGAACGUAUCUAGCCCAGAACUGCCUACCUUUCCCACGGCCUUCUCGACCUCUGUAGAGGUAAACAUCGUCAACAAGAACUACACUGCCAUUUACAAGGAAUUCUAUGACCUAGCCGCGAAUAAGGGUAGCUUGCAGCGAACAAAAGAUGGAAAGACAACCCGCUCUAUCUACGACUACAGUUUAGACGAGAGAAUCGAUUUGGAUAUGAGUGCGCAAAACUGUUUCGUCUCUUCUAUAUACGUAGGACCACAUCAUUUUAAUUUCUUCGGAAACAACAACUCGCACAUCGAAAGCGUCUCACAAUUGUUUCAUUUUGCAAAAAGGUUUAACGAAACCUAUAUGGGUGUUGUGUCCAUUCGAGGAAUCAGAUGCAAUCAUUGGAGGGCUUGUGUUGUGCAUGGUAAUAGUUCAUAUUACCUGGACUAUUAUUUUUCAGUGCCAGGUUGGAAAACAAGUUGGCCCAAUGCAACAGUGGUGCGGGCUGUCUAUAAUGGUACAUCUGUCAGGGGUGGUGCCUCACAUGAUUUUUAUAAUAUUUAUGACUUUUUCAAUUUCCGACCUGGUUCCCCAAACCCAUCUGAAUUUCAGCUUCCCAGUGGAUAUUUCUGUGCAGGACUUAAAGGUUUAAACAAGACUGUCCCUAAAGUUCCUUCAGCGUUUAGUGUGAACUUUGAAAUGGUUUUGAGAGGCACCCGGAGAAACAGAACUUUUUUUGUUGAUUCAAAUUGGCAGGAAAUUUAUGACCUUGAGAAAAAACUGUUCUUGGUGAAGUACCCAAACUGGUUUAGUAGCCAUGGUCAAGUUGUAACAAUCCAUGAUUUCAACACAGGAAUUUCUUACAAUAUAUCAACUGGCAAGACUGGGCCAGUGUGCAACAUAUCUGCUCUGUCUUCUUUGACACGAAGUUGGGAUGUGUAUCGUGAUGGACACCACCACAUUCGCAUGAAGACAACUCAUCAGUUAUUUAACACACCUCAAAGAAAUGGGUCAUCUCCCCUUAUUUACAAGGGUUCUUCUACUGUGCGUGGAAUUGAUGUAGACAUCUGGGUUGGAAAGGGCAUGAUCAAAAACAGGACUUCAAAUGAGUCGACUGAGACUAUCUUUGAGUAUUCCUUCUCAAAACCAAAGUGGAUAUUCAUGGCAGGUUCACAGACCAACCAAACCCAGGUCCCUGUGCGCCUCGACAUGUACAGAUCAGAUGGACGUCACUUGAUGUUUAACAUGUUCAAUUUUGAUGCUAAGGCUGCAGAGACAACAGCCUUUGACAUUAAACCUUGCUUCAAAUGGGAUGAGCAACGCUAUGUUCAGUUUAACCUUAAAGGUAAUUAUGCAAAAUAUGCUGCCUCAAGGGAGUUCAAGUUAUCUCUCAGCAAGACUAUCAGUGAAGCAGCAAAUGUGACAAUUAUCAGAGUAAAUGGAAUGAGGUUAAUGGACAAUGAGGGUCAAAUGACUGUUGCUUUCAUUUUGCUGAACAAAACAAAGCCUGUUGUUGAUGCAGAGGUUACAAUAUAUCCUGAAAACGGUCUCAAGGAUGCAGUGGGUACCUUAAAGAAAACAGUUCAGAGUGGAGCAUUCAAAGUUAACUUCCAAACCAAAGCCAUACCUGCUGAGAAGUCUUCUUUCAGAGAAGGCCUGGUGCCAGCAACACCUCCUCCUGCUCCACCCAGACCAACAGAGAAACCCACAGGCAAACCAGGUCCAGGGGAUAAAAGUGAAGUCAAAACAAAGGGUGUGUCAAGUGGUGCAGCAGCUGGAAUUUCUAUCCUCAUGCUCGUAGUUGGAAUAUUUGGAGGCUUGGUUGUUGCACAUGUGAUCAUGAAGCGUCGUGGAACAAGCUUGUUCCAGUAUCAGCGUCAGGCAUAGCUUUAGUUGUGUUCAGUUAGUUGUUUACAGUAUAACCCCUUUUGUAUUACUCCAUUGUGCUAAAAUGUUUUGUUCCAUUUGUGUUAAUAAUGAGCAUAAUUUACAUUGGUCCAAUGAAUGUAGAGUAAGGAUCUAAAGCUGUUAUGGGUUUUCUGCCACUCAAGUCUGGUUUCAUCAUUUUAGAAUAUCAAGUACAGUACAGUGUGAAAGGGAGUGAUAUGAGUUACAGCAAAAGUGAGGAAGCCACAGUUGAUCUCAGUUUUAAAAAAUGGAUUGUUUAAGAAGCUUCUCUGAAUUGUAAGAUUCUGGCAGAAUCAAUAGUGUUAGCCAUGUUUUAUUAAUUUUUUAAGUUACAAUAACUGAGGAAGUAAAAAACUUUUUUAAAGAUCCACCUAAUCAGUUGUUGGGGAAUCUAUGUGGAAUCUAUGGAUCUAUGUGCAAUCCAAACAUAUAGCCAAUCCCUUAAUCCUUUAACUCACAAAGUUGAACAGAAUAUCAAUUCUGCCUCUGUAUGUGUCAUAAAUUUCUUAAAGUUUUAGCAUAGGGUAUUUUGGUCAUCAAUCUAACAAUAUCCUAUAGCUGAUAUUUUCAGGCUUCGAUCUCUAUCACCUUUCUGCUGUAAUAUGAAAAAUGCAUUUUUUGUUGCUCUUGGGAGUGAAAGGGAUAAAAUAAGCUGAUGGGAGAAAUAAUGUGCUCUCUAUUGUUUUCCUUUGUGACCAGAUACAUGUACAACAUAUUCACUAGAAGUUGUAUGAUACGAGUACAGAAUGCAUAUGUACGAAAUGCAUUUGUUACAAAGAAGGCAUUCUGUCUAAGCAUUCAUGUAAUUAUUUACAUUUUGUUUAGCACCUGUGCACUUGAAGUUUCUUAAACAUGUAUUGACAAAUGCAUAGUCACAAUGAAGUGGGAAUGGGAACUCUUCUCACUGACUCUAAAGUGUAAAAUCUAUUCUUUCAUACAAUAUGCAGACUUAUUUAACUGUGGAAUAGCUAUAAGCUAACAUAAUUUAAGCUAGGUAUAAGUGGUAAGUUUCUAUGCCCAUCCAUUUUUAACACCUUGUAGUAGUUAGAGGAGUAAGAUUUAAAAAUGUGUGGGUAAGGUAUUUUUAUUUAUUGCUGAGCUGUUGAUGUUCGUUAUUAUUAAAACAUCAACUUCGAGGAAACAAUGUUUUCCUUUAAGUAAAUAAUGUGUAAGGUGGUGGCUCAAUGUGAGUCAGUCAGCAACUUUAUGUGAUUAAAUUGUGGAUGAAAAGUUUGGGAA